GCACGACAGUCGAUCAUGGGAAUUAAAGCGAAGCACAACGCGAUGCAGUUGCUCUGCAUUUGCAUUGUUGGUCACGUCCUAAGUGCGAUGGUCUCGGCUGCUUCUACCAGCGAGGAAGAUCUCAAGCAGGACACGCCCUACAUGAAGGAACUACUGCGUCAGGCGAAGACCGCUGAGAUCGAGGGCUUUAUGGACCAGAAGGCGGAUCCAUGCAACGAUUUCUACGCAUUCUCCUGUGGCAAUUAUAAGCGCAUCAACUCGGCUUUGAGCAUGCAAGUGGUCACCACUGGAGUAUUCGAGACUCUGACCAAAGGACUUAACCGAAAGAUCCUGAAGAUGCUCAACACACCCCACGAUACCUACGACACUCCGGAAGACAUUAAGGUGAAGCAUUUCUACGAGUCCUGUCUCCGGAUCAAGGAGCUCAACUCGACGUACAGCGAAAAGCUGAAGCGGCUCAUUGCAGAAUUUGGAACGAUGCCGCUGCUCAAAGGAUCCUCCUGGCAGGAGGACGACUUCGACUGGCUGAAUACUACUGCUCGCAUGGCCUACCGAUACGGAAUAACUCCUGUUAUCGGCAUUGAGGUGAAUAAGGACUUGGCCAGCAAUACACGGAACCGGAUAUACCUGGGUCAGCAGGACUUCCCGCUGGAGGCGCGUUCCAUGUACGUCGAUGAUGCAACAGCAGUAUAUCGUCAGAAAUAUCGUAAUAAUAUCCAGCGCAUCUUGCAGCGUUCCCUGGGCGUGCAGAUGGAUUUGGCCAAAAAAACGGCCAAGGAACUGAUUGACUUUGAGGUGGAUUUGGCUCAAGGACUAGUGGACGAUAGCGAAGGACUAGAUCUGGGUGAAUUGACCCAGUUACUCACAGUGGACGAAAUCCAGAGAAGGUACUCCCCCACCUUGGAUAUCGACCGAUUUCUGUUUGUGAGCAUGGGAGAGCGCAUUUCCGACCAGAUUUACGAAUAUAACAAACGUUAUCAGCAAAACUUGGUCGAAGUCAUCAAGCGUACGCCCAAGCGCAUUGUAGCCAACUAUAUUUUCUUCCGGCUGAUCUGGGAGUUUGUGGAGACGCCAUCCGAUUCGCAGGAGAAGCAGAAGCAGGCGUGCGUGGACCUUACCAAGAAGUACUUUGCCAAGAAUCUGGACAACAUGUUCUAUCGUCGCUACAACAACGAGAAAUCCUCGAGAGAAAUCGACAACAUGUGGCGUCAAUUGAAGUCUACCUUUAACGAGACACUCCGUUCCAGUCCCGCCUUGAAUUGGAUCGAGCGACCCACACGGAACCUUGCUAUGGCGAAGCUACAGGCGAUGACGCUGGAGGUCAACAACUACUCAGAUGACAACUUCACCGAGGAGUUUGCCGAACUCAAUCUGCAAAGUGACGACUACGUGGAGAAUGUGCGAUAUACAAGCCUACUUGGGGCCAAACAGAUGCGGGAGAUGCUCCACAAGCCGGCCAAACCGUUUGAGGCGGGCUCCCAACUCAGUUACACCCCGGCCAACAUCCUGAUAGAGAACACCAUCAAGGUCCCGGUGGCCCUACUACAGCCCUUCUACAUUUGGUCCGAUGUCUACCCCAAUGCUAUUAUGUUCGGAACCCUGGCCUCCCUAAUUGGACACGAGUUAAUCCACGGAUUCGACGACAGCGGACGGAAGUUCGACGAGAAGGGGAACUCGAAGGAUUGGUGGGAUGAGAAGUCCAGCAGCAACUUCCUGAAACGGAGGGAAUGCUUCACCAAGCAGUACGGCAGGUAUGUCUACGAUGGCAUUCAGCUGAAGGAGUCAACCGCGCAGUCGGAGAACAUUGCGGACAACGGCGGAAUGCGACUGGCCUACACCGCCUACCGGCAAUGGUACGAAAACCAGCUGACACUUCCUAAUGGGGCUCAGGAUAUGACCAAGGAGACCCUACCCAAUCUGCGAUACACCGCCAAACAACUGUUCUUCAUCAGCUUUGCUCAGAGCUGGUGCAACGAUGCACAUCCCAGUGUGAAGGCACUUCAGGUGUCAACCGACCAGCACAUGCCAGGAAAGUUCCGCGUUAUUGGAUCUUUAUCUAACUUCGACGAGUUCUCGAAGGAGUUCAACUGCCCAGUCGGAUCCGCCAUGAACCCUAGUGAGAAAUGCAUACUGUACUAGUUAGAUUGACCCGAAAUGUCAUUCCUCAACUUGAUCAGCCAAACCUAUUUAGAUUUUCUAGUAUUGAGGGUAUUUAAAUUAUAGUUUCGAAUAAGCGCGAAGAAAUUUUGUUGACUUGGUCAAGAAAUUCAAAUUUUAAAAUCUGUGAAGUAAAUAAAAUGUAAAAAUUGUACCUUA